CCCAACCACUAUAUAACCGUAAACAAUUUUCUUUUCACAACAGAAAAACAAACCACCGACUCUUCAGUUUCUCACUUACCAUUCAAUGUUUACCUCUCGCCAGAAGUGAAGGAAGUGUUCUUUUGGUAGGCAAAAGAAUACGGAGGCUGUGUUGCGGCAAAGGUUCCGGAAAUUGAGCGGGAUAUGUGUUUGAAAGAAUUUCUUGCUCUAAAGAAUUGCAUGCAGAAUACCAUUAGAGGAAAGGCUUGAGGUUCUCUAUCUUGGAUAUUUUGUGGGCAGACACUGAAUACUGCAAGCGUAAGUUUAAUAGCUUAAAUUUGAGAGGUGAAGGAUUUGGUUUGGGUAUGUCUGGGAAAGCAUCCAUCUCGCAGCCUAGUGUUAGUUCAAGUGGGUCUGCUGGGUUGUCACAUGUUUAUAUUCAGCACCCUCCUUUACGAUGUAAUGUUCCAGGAUCAAGGGGUUUAUUUUAUGAUGAUGGGAAUAAGCUAUUAUGCUCCCCCACAUCUGAUCGGGUUUUUUCAUGGAAAGUUGCUCCCUUUGAUCCUCUUGUUGCACCUACCUCUGAUUUGAUAAGUGAAGGUCCUAUCCUAUCUAUUCGGUAUUCUUUAGAUGCGAAGAUCAUAGCAAUCCAGAGAACCAGUCAAGAGAUCCAGUUUUUUCAUAGGGAAACUGGACAAAACUUUUGUCACAAAUGUAAGCCAGAGUCAGAGAGCAUACUAGGGUUUUUUUGGACUGAUUGUCCACGGUGCCAUUUUGUACUAGUAAAGACCAGUGGGCUGGAUUUGCUUGCCUGUGAUGCUGAAUCAAAAUCAUUUCAAUUGGUAGAUACAAGGAAAUCAAACGUGAGCUGGUAUGUAUAUACACAUGAGAGUCGCUUGGUUCUUCUUGCUUCAGGAAUGCAAUGCAAGACCUUCAGUGGAUUUCAGCUUUCAUCUGCAGGGAUUGUUUGCUUGCCAAAGUUUGAGAUGGUAAUGGCAAAAUCUGAGGCUAACAGUAAGCCUGUCCUAGCAGCUGAAGAUGUCUAUAUUGCAACCAUCUAUGGGAGGAUAUACUGCUUGCAAAUUGAUAGAGUUGCAAUGCUACUUCACUCAUAUAGGUUUUAUCAAGAUGCUGUUGUGCAGCAGGGUUCCUUGCCAAUAUAUUCAAGCAAAAUUGCUGUUAGUGUGGUUGAUAAUGUACUUCUUAUCCAUCAAGUGGACACAAAGGUUGUUAUACUCUAUGACAUAUUUGUAGAUUCUCGAGCACCCAUUUCUGCUCCGCUGCCUCUACUGUUUAGGGGGUUCCCCAGGUCUAAUGCUUCCUCCUCUCGAUCUACCGUAAAAGAUGGUGAAAGUCCAGAGGCCAACAUAAGUGAUUCUGAAUCAAACAUUUAUGGAGAUGAGUGGACAUUUCUGAUUCCUGACCUUGCAUGCAAUGUUUCCAAUAAGCAGUUAUGGAAAAUCCAUUUAGACUUGGAGGCAAUUUCUGCAUGUAGCUCUGAAGUUCCAUCAGUGCUUGAGUUCUUGCAACAUAGGAGGUUGGAAGCUAGUAAGGCUAAGCAGCUGUGCUUGGCAAUUACACACAACCUUAUCUUGGAAAGGAGACCGGUCUUAAUGGUUGCCAAGGCAAUAGAAGUACUGAUUGCGUCUUACUCCCAGUCACUCAAAACAGGAAGUUAUCUCAAAGGAAUUAAAGACACUGAAGACAAUGUCCAAUUCAAAUCACUAAAAACAAACCGAAAAGUGAACAAGGAGAAAUUUUCAGGUGGUGCUGAGAGUUCUAGCACUGAAGUUCACACAUCAUCUUCACAAUCUCAGCAUCUGAGACCAACUAACAGCCCAUUAAAUGCUAGUGCUUCUGAAAGGCAAGAGUCUGAAGUUACUUCUCCAGCAAUUUCACCCGAUGAGAUGUAUAGCCUUGUGUUUGCUCCAGUUGAGGAAGAGAUGGUGGGAGACUCAUCUUACUUCGUUGCCAUCAUUGUUGAGUUCCUUCGUAGUGCAAGUUCAGUAAAGAAAAAAGUUCAACCAAACAUCUAUGUGUUGGCAAUACAACUUCUAGCACACAAUGAACGAUAUGCAGAACUCUCACUGUUCAUCAUAAACAAGGUUCUUCAACCCUCAAAAGAAGUUGCAAUGCAGCUCCUAGAAGCAGGCCGUCAAAAUUCCCAGGUUAGGAAGCUGGGUCUAGAUAUGCUGAGACAGCUCUCUCUGCAUCAUGACUACGUGUUGCAACUAGUGCAAGAUGGAUAUUAUCUUGAAGCCUUGCGUUAUGCUAGGAAGCACAAGGUUGUGACUGUCCGCCCCUCGUUGUUUCUGGAAGCUGCUUUGGCUUCUAAUGAUUCUCAACUCCUUGCUGCAGUGCUGAGAUUCUUUUCAGAUUUUACUCCAGGAUUUAAAACCACUUCCGACUGCUAUACCUACAAUCGGAUUCUCAAUGAGAUGAACUCAGCUGUAGCUGUUUGAAUGUCAACCUGGUAUCCAGUUGUAACUCUUGAACGUUAAAACAACAAUUACCAGAGGAUAGCGGCAGGAAAUACUUUCAUGUUUACCUUUUCUGUUGAACCUGCUUCUUUUUGGUCGAAACUUUGAGAUGAAAGGGGUUUUGAAUUUACAGUUUGAUGCCAUAUGCAUAAGAUUUCAUACAUGGCCAACAA